AUGCUCAUAAUCGGCCUCACCGGCUCAAUAGCCACAGGCAAAUCAACAGUCUCAGCCCUCCUCUCAUCACCUCCCUACAAUCUCCCCAUAAUCGACGCCGACGUCCUCGCUCGCAAAGUAGUCGAACCAGGCACAGCAGGCUACAAAGCAAUAGUAAACUACUUCGGCCCGAAUACACCCGACCUCCUCCUCACAGAACCCAACACACCCAACGGCCAACCCCUCAACCGCCCAGCGCUAGGCCGCCGCGUCUUCGGCUCAACAGAAGAACGCAAACGCGAUCGCCAAGUCCUAAAUGGCAUCAUCCAUCCAGCCGUCCGCUGGGAAGUCUACAAAUCCCUAAUCUACCACUACAUUCGUGGACAAUGGGCCGUCGUCCUGGAUGUUCCCCUGCUAUUCGAAAGCGGGAUGGAUCUCAUCUGCGGAACGGUUAUUGUCGUUGGUGUUCAUGACCCCGCUGUACAGAUGGCGCGUUUACGGGCCCGCGAUGCGCAUCUCACAGCUGAGGAUGCGGAGAAUCGGGUGCGGAGCCAGGGUGAUGUGAGGGUGAAGGCGGCGCAGGCGGAGUUUAGGGGGACGAAGGGGGCGAGGGGGGUUGUUGUUUGGAAUGAUGCUGAUAAGGAUGAGCUGGAGAAAGAGGUCAGGGGUGCUAUGGCUAGUGUUGAGGCAUCAAGUCCGAGGUGGUGGGCUUGGGCGCUGCUUGUUGCGCCGCCUGUGGGUGUGGGUAUUGCGGUUUGGAAUUUGGCAGUUAAUUUUGCGACCCAGAAGGGGUGGGAAAGGAAGAAAAAUGAGGAGAAGGCGAAAUUAUAG